AUGACGAGCUCCGCGGCCUCGUCGACGGCCAUCGAGAGCCCCGACGCGCUCGCACGCCUCAAUGCCGCCAUCAUGGGCGAGCGGAACCCUCGCGGCAUCCCCGCUGCUGUCUUUGUGGACUCUGUGGACUCCUUCAUGAGCACGUGUGGCGUCUCGACCAUUGAUCCGCUCGUCAACGCCUUGCAGCAAAUGUACAGCAAGUACAAAUUCAUGGAAACGAGUCUGCAAACGAGUCGGGAGACGUUCAAGCGCAAGAUUCCAGACACCCGCAAAGAUUUGGCCAUUGUCCGCCACGUGAUCGCCAAGCGCGAUGCCGGUGAAGUGCUCAAGACGCACUUCAAUGUGGCCGACAAUGUGUAUGCCAAGGCCGAGGUGGACUGUUCGGUGGGAAAGGUCUGUAUCUGGCUCGGGGCUCAUGUUAUGGUCGAGUACGGGUACGAAGAGGCUCUCGAUUUGCUGGAAAAGAACGUGGCGUCGGCGACCGAAAAGCUGGCUCAGAUUGAAGACGACUUGUCGUUUCUGCGUGACGCGGUCAUUACGACAGAGGUGAACAUUGCGCGCAUAUUUAAUUACGACGUCCGUCGUCGUCGUCUCGAGAAGGACGGCAAGCCCGCAGCAGAGGUGGAUGAAGAUAAGUGA